AUGACGCUCCCAAAGACGUACAAACAGGCCGUCUUCGAGGAGGCAGGCCAGCCCCUCCAGCUCCGAGAUGUGCCCAUGAAGCAGCCCGGCAGCAACGAGAUCCUCGUCAAAGUCCAGGCCUGCGGUGUCUGCCACACCGACUUCUACGCCCAGAUCAAUGCCCUUGGCGGCGGCUUCCCCAUUGUUGCCGGCCACGAGAUUAUCGGCGUCGUAGCCGCAGUCGGCGACCAGGUCAAGGGCUGGAAGGAGGGCGACCGCAUCGGCGGUGGCUACCACGGCGGCCACGAUGGCAGCUGUACCCAGUGCCGAGCCGGCUGGCCCCAGAUGUGCGAUAACCUGGUCAACAACGGGAUCAACAAGGACGGAGGAUUCGCCGAGUACUGCAUCCUCCGCGCUGAAGCUGCCGUGCGUGUGCCCCAAGAGGGCGACGCCGCAUCGUUCGCACCGAUGCUCUGCGCCGGCUCGACGAUAUUCGCCGCGCUGUCCCUCUCCGACCUCAAGCCUGGCGACACCGUCGCUGUCCAGGGCCUCGGUGGCUUGGGCCACGUGGCUGUGCAGUUCGCCUCGCGCAUGGGCUACCGCGUCAUUGCCGUCUCACGAGGCGCCGAAAAGGAGAAGGCGGCGAGAAAGCUCGGUGCCCACGAGUACAUCGACGCGACCAAGGGCGAUGCCGGCGAGGCCCUGGCGGCCCUGGGCGGUGCGAAGCUCGCCAUCACCACCGCGCUGACUGCCGAUGCCAUGACGCCCCUCCUCAAGGGCCUCAACAUCCUGGGCAAACUGCUCAUUGUGAGCUUCCCCGGGGACGUGACGGUCAAUCCCGCCUACAUGGUCGGACGCGGAUUGUCAAUACAGGCUUGCCCUAUCUCCAAGUCGGGCGACUCCGAGAAGGCGCUUGCGUUUGCGAGUCUGCAUAACGUCAAGUGCGAGAUCGAGACAUGGCCCCUGGCUAAGGCUCAGGAAGCUUUCGAUGCGAUGAUGACUGGCAAGGUUCGAUUCCGGUCGGUCAUUACGAUGGAGUAA